AUGAGGGAUCCAUAUUUAUUUGUCUUUGCGCAAGUUCACGAAGACUUUCGCGUACCGGAGAUACUAUCGAUUGCUGAGCUCAAUGGGUUCACUAUAGCGUUCUCAGAGAGUCCUGAUCCCUCCAGGCCAUUCAUGGUACUGGAACUGGAAGACGAACAACACGCCAGAAUUUUAGCCAGGAGAUGCAUCUUGAUCAAAGCUAUCUACGAAUACUAUGGUCGAGGGUCGACGUACGAGGAGCUACAUGAAGCCAACAAGGGAAAGCGGCAUCUAUGGUCUCGAUAUAUCAAGAAUACAUCGUUCAAGUUCAACGUGACGGCACAUAAUCAUACGGUGCCCCAGUGGAGGCAGCGGGAGGUCGUUGAAAGCUUCUCCUACAUGGACUUCCAGGGGGAAAUCGAUAUGAAGAACCCUGACAUUAUCCUGGGUUGUUUUGAAGAGUACCCCAGUAGAAGCGGGACUACCAGAGAGAAGCAUGAAGGGGAUGGUGACUUCAUCCAGGUAUGGUUCGGAAGGUUGAUCGAGGACGGAUCCGCCCGACCACUUGUGAAAAAGUUCGAUGUGAAGAAGCGCCUAUACUACGGGAAUACGAGCAUGGAGGCUGAGAUGUCGCUGCUCAUGGCCAAUCAGUCCCUCGCCUCCCCCGGAAAAUUAAUCUACGAUCCCUUCGUUGGCACAGGAAGCAUGGCUUAUACGACAGCUUACUUUGGUGCACAAUUCUUCGGGUCGGAUAUCGAUGGUCGUCAGAUGCGUGGCAAGGAGAAACAGCCUGGUAUCAUUCGUGCUGCUGCUCAAUACGGCGUCUCUUCAAGAAUCCUUGAUUUAUGCACGUUUGACGUGACCCAUGACCCAUGGAGAUGUGGGGAGCUCUUCGAUGCAAUAAUAACCGAUCCCCCUUACGGCGUCCGCGCUGGAGCAAAACGGCUAGGAAGGAAGAAAUACAGACCUGAUCUGCCCAGGUCGUCGCCAGCGUCGAUUGACGACCAGCCAUACAUCCCUCCUACGAAGCCGUACGAACUUGCAGAAUUGGCAAAGGAUCUCGUGUUGCUGGGGCGCUACCUCCUUAAGCCUGGUGGUCGUCUUGUCUUUUUCUUGCCCACAGUCACAGACGAAUACCAGGAAGUUGAUGUCCACACGAUGUUGUGUGAAGGCAUGGAGGUAAUUGCUAACUCGUUGCAGGACUUCGGGUCAUGGGGGCGAAGAUUGGUCACCGUCCGCAAGACAACCGCGGAAACAUACCCCGCGCCUAGCUUCGAUGCAGGAAUAUCUAUGGCAAGCAGAGCUGUCGACGGGGUCGAAGAAGGUACCUCCCAUGUCCCGGCUCAUCAGGACUUCCGUCGAAAGUACUUCGAAGGCUUCAGAAAGACAGGAGAGUCGGACAAAUAGGGGAGUAUGCUGGACCUGCCAUAGCAAGAUGCUUUUCACAACUUUGGUUUACCGUAUGUAUCGCCGUUCACGAUCGCUUAAACACCCAUCCCGAUAAUGCGUGCAAAUUCCAAAGCUUC